CCGGCAGGGCCUGGGCGCAGAUGGGAGCCGCCGCCGCGGUGCUGGGAGUAAAGGCGCUGAGUAAGUGAGUAAAGCCCUGCGAUGCUCAGCUCCCUCCCGCUCCAGCGGCGCGGCGCCUCGGGGCUCGGGGCUUACUGUACUCUAUUUACCGCCCCAGCUGGGCUCGCGCCGCGCCCCGCCCACCCCGCGCGGAUUGGCUGUGAACGCGGAAGGGCCGUGCGCUUGCCCCGCCGCCGCGCUCGCCAAUGGGGGCGCCCGCUCGGCGUGAUGGACACGCCGCCGCCCGCCAAUGGGAGCCAAGGGAAGCCCGCCGGUGUCGCCCGGGUGAGUGCGAUAAAAGCCACCCUGCCAGACUCGCCGCUUCAUUCUGAGCCGAGCUCGGUGCCCAGUGUAGGAAGCGUAGCAGGCGGCGGCGGCCGGAGCUCCAGGGCAACCCGCUCCCUCCCGGUGUCUCUCCUUGCACCCGCGUCCAGCAUGAAAGCGUUCAGCCCAGUGCGAUCUGUUAGGAAAAACAGCCUCUCGGACCACAACCUGGGCAUCUCACGGAGCAAGACUCCGGUGGACGACCCGAUGAGCCUGCUCUACAACAUGAACGACUGCUACUCCAAGCUCAAGGAGCUGGUGCCCAGCAUCCCCCAGAACAAGAAGGUGAGCAAGAUGGAAAUCCUGCAGCACGUCAUCGACUACAUCUUGGACCUGCAGAUCGCCCUGGAUUCGCACCCCACUAUUGUCAGCCUCCACCACCAGAGACCCGGGCAAAACCCGCCUUCCAGGACGCCGCUGACCACCUUAAACACAGACAUCAGUAUACUGUCCUUACAGGCUUCUGAAUUCCCUUCUGAGUUAAUGACAAAUGACAGCAAAGCACUCUGUGGCUAAAUAAAUGGUGAGCGUUUGCUUGUGCCUCCCGUUGGUGUAACUUACCUCCUGCUGUGCGCGCGCGUGUGUUUCUCCUUUGCUAGUAUGAAGGUACUUGUGUAUCCGUAAAAUUUUUGGUUUAGUAAAUGCAUGUGUUACUUGUAUUACGCGUAGUACGUCCUUUUACUAGAAGUGGAGGGGCUCUCUAGCUCUUGGUUCGUCACGAUUUCAGAAGGUUUUCCUUUUAAAAAAAUAAAACAGAUGCCAAUAACUUACUCUGAAGGUGGCCCAGGAAAAUGUGUUUUGACUUUUGUAGCGAAUUUCAUGCUCAGGCUGCCUUCUGCUAUUGCCCUGGUACUAUGAGGUACCAACCUCCACAGUAAUUAAUCUUAUCGCCUUGAAUUCCAUAGUGAUCCUCCUUUCCUAAAACUAGAGUCCUCUGGCACUCAGUUAGCUGAGGAUUGCUUGCCCCGUGCCUCAAACCCUCAGAUGUGGGAUCCGGGCUUCCCUAUCUGUUAACGAAAGGGCUGUUUUCAAUCAAAUAAUUGUUACAAGAAGCAGACUGGCGCCUCUGAGUACUGCUAUUGGAAAUCCAAAUAGGAGGUUGAGUUGAGAAGUUUUUCCCUUCGGUCUGUGCUAUUUUAAUGUUGAAUUUGCUCUGUCGAGGCCGAAUCUGUGUGUUGCAUCUGGACGCCAGGGUUUGCCCAGUCUGUGAGUGUUGUUUGGGUAAAUGUUCAAACUGUGGCUUUCUCCCGGCGCCAGUCUGCCCGCCUCUGUGCCCUUAGGUUACAUUCUCCUAAACAUGCCUUUUUCUCCCAAUCUUUUGCAGGUGAUCGUGAUUCUUUUCUUUUUUUUUUUUUUUUCUUUUCUCAUUUGCACAACAACAACAACAACAACAUAUCCACAGGAUCUUUUCAGGCGCUGAACUUACUUUUCAACCAUUUCACAAAAGAGGACAACAGCAAAUUGAAUGGACCUUAAAAAAAAAAAAAAAAAUAGAAGGAAAACUAAGAAUGAUCAUUUUCCCCAGGGUGUAGUCUGACCUGGACUGAUAUUAGUUAUUUAUGAAAAAGACUUUUAAAUGCCCUUUCUGCAGUUGGAAGGUUUUCUUUAUAUACUAUUCCCACCAUGGGGAGCGAAAACGUUAAAAUCACAAGGAAUUGCCCAAUUUAAGCAGACUUUGCCUUUUUUCAAAGGUGGAGCGUGAAUACCGGAAGGAUCCAGUGUUCAGUUACUUAAAUGAAGUCUUUGGUCAGAAAUUACCUUUUUGACGCAAGCCUACUGAAUGCUGUGUAUAUAUUUAUAUAUAAAUAUAUAUAUAUAUAUAUUGAGUGAAACCUUGUGAACUCUUUAAUUAGAGUUUUCUUGUAUAGUGGCAGAGAUGUAUAUUUCUGCAAAAAAAAAUGUAAUGAUGUACUUAUUCAUGCUAAACUUUUUAUAAAAGUUUAGUUGUAAACUUAACCCUUUUAUACAAAAUAAAUCAAGUGUGUUUAUUGAA